AUGUUCGGCGUAGGCUGCAACGUUUGGCAAACCCUCGGCAGUAGUGGGGCUACCAGUGGAGUCGGCGGGUCGUAUUUUCUGUUCGGAUACAUACGUGCUACUUGUUACCCUGCACAGAAUUCUGGAUUUCUAGUUCGUCUGGUUAUACUGAUAUACGUACGAAACUUAAUUCUUACACAGAUCCUGGCCUCGAAGUACCAAUCAUUCACAGAAAAAAUAACCGGAGAGAUAGAGAAUAGGGAAUUCCAGGCUAUCCAAACAACGCACGAGAAUGUCCUUUGGGCCCAUUCAGCUUGCUCCCAAGAAAUUGAACUUAGCACUGCCCAUAUAUCAACUAAAUCCAAUCAGCGAGGCAGUAAACCAGUGAAGAGAAAACAUUGCCGUGCGCCCAGUACAGCAUAUACUAAAUAUAACAGAGAUUUACCAACCCGAGUAGCUGCGACGGAUUCCUUUGCCUCAAACUUGUCCUUCUCACUGCAUCAUCAGAAAUCGGCCCAAAAGACAUUCGCCAUUUUACAGAUGGUCCGACGCACCUUCUCCCGUAUUACUCGCAUGGUCUUUCAAAUACUCCAUGAGGCCUAUGUCAGACCUCUCCUGGAAUACGCCAACCAAGUUUUCUACUCAGGGCGCACGAAAUACUUCACCAUCAUUGGGCGUGUCCAGCGAGCCGCUACGAAAAUGUUUGCUGGCCUAAAAUCAGUGGACUACGAAACGCCUCUCGCAGUGCUCGACCUCUUUCCCCGGACCCUGUUCGAACAAAGCUUGGCAAACAGGCUUUUCACCGUAGACCCAGCAAACACACGGCGGGGACAUGGUAAGGAGAUUUUGAAGCUCAGAGCGCACACAUUCAUUAGGCAAAAUUUUCUCAUUUCGGGUAAUAGCUGCAACGAAGUUCAAAGCGCUACUAGGCAUUUAUUUAUACGAAUCCUCGCGCUGGCAAGCAUACUUCCCCGCACUGAGAACAUGAAGAGUAGUGCUACACCCGUUUUUCACUUGUCUUUCAUUACAGCCGCAGAACGACAAGGACCAAACCAACCCAGGAAUCUUGGGCAAAAGCCUCGAUCCUGUGUAUCAAUCCGUGAAUCUGUGAAGCCUGAAAACUCGGGCCUAUGGCCUGUGAAUAAUGUUCUUGGUAAUGUGGCUGCAGUGAGAUUGUCAGGCAUUGUGGCGCUCGGCGGCUACAAGCAUGAAAUGAGCUGUGUUGAUUGGUAUCAUUAA